GAAAUAUAUAAACUGGAGGGACCUGAAGCAAGCAGAUCACUCUUCUGAGAGCACAGACGAGCCCUCAAGACAACACCGCCCAGACAAACAGACGAGAGAAAUGUCUUCUGUCGAGAACCUCUUCAUGGAUGACCCUUUCUUUGCAAACUCCCACUUUUUGUGGCCCAGGCGCAGUGUGGCUCUUUCCAGCUUCAGAGAGGAUUUCCUCCACCGUAGAGCUCAAAUAAUGCAGAACCUGAGGAGUGAGAUCAGAGACAGCUUGCUGAAUGAACUCACUGAUGAGUUCUUCCAGUGUCUAGAUGGUCAGAGGUCCUUCUCCAGGCUCUUCAGCACCAACUCAGAGCAGAACAAACGGCGAGACGUGUCUCUUACUCUGGACACUCAAGGCUUCUCUCCAGAGGACGUCACUGUGACAGUAUCUGGAAGACGUCUGGAGGUGAUGGCCGGCAAGCGGGCCCAGGCAGACGCUUCUUCAUCAUCUACCAGCACCACUCACGUCGCAGAAGCCCAGCCACAAGGAUUUGUUCAAGCUGUGCAGCUUCCUGACCACCUGGAUCCAACCUCCUUGACCUGCUCCCUUGGAGAAGAUGGACUUCUGCAUAUUGAGUCACCAGAAUCCAAAGAUGAGUCCUCAGAGGAGCAUAUCAUUCCCAUCCGCUUUAGAACAUCCCUGGAUUUCCCCAUCAACAAGGACAGCACAAACAAAAAGGAGGACGGGGCUAAGAAAACAAACUAAAAAACUGACUGAUGGCCUGUUAUGCAUUGUACAAUUGUUUUUCAUGAAUCCAGCGGAUGUGCUUCUUGUGACUGUAAUUUUUUUGUUCUAAAAAGAUUUUAAUAAAGAUAUUAAUUGGUAUAUGA